UUAAUGUAUACUUGGGUCAUGUGGUGUACAGGGAAAUAGCAAAUUGCAAAGCGAAAACUACUGCCAUUCUUAGAGAAACGGCAUACCAUGAAUGCAAUCGCAAGCGUCAGCGAUACUUGACAAUAAGACUGUGUUUGUUAACACCGCACUGGAAUACCAGUCUCAGUUCAAUAAUUGAUUUCGGGUCGAUUGCCUUGAUGAAAGACUUAGAUUACCAACCUCAACAAGACGGAUGCUACAUUGCAGAAGCCUUUAAGAUUCUUUAACGAACGUGUAUAGCGAUUGAACUGGGUAAUUUGGCAAGAUACAUCAAAGCAGCAACUGAUAAAAGAGAUUAUUGGUUCCCGUUUCAUUAAGUGUGUGAAGUGUAGCGGACACAACUCAUCAAAGUGAACAGUGUAAAAGAAAACAAUAUUAGUCAUACUGCUAUCAUUCCUGAUCUUGAAGUGCAAUGAAACAGUCAGAGAAUGUUAAGCAGCUACGAGUAUAGUUAGAUAAUCAGAAGAUUUGGGCAAUACCUAAGAAGUGAGAUGCCCGGUUGCUAUUGAAGAAGCGUGAGAUAUGGAAAUCUGUAAAAAGGUUUACUGAAAAACGAGAGGCAUUGAAAAGGAUCAGCACGGCUUUCACCAAGAGUGAAUGAGAGAUAUUGCACUGCGUGUAUGUGGCUUAACAAACGGUACCAGAUCGCUAGUCGUGUAAGUUCAACAGUACAAAGAGCGAGUUUGGAAAGUGCAUAUUGAAUUAAUAAUGGACAUCUGAAUUCCAUAUGCGAGCAACAGACAGUCUACUGCAAGAUUCAAGUAAUCAUCUUUGGAAAUUUAUCAUGAGAGAUCAUCUUUGGAAAUUUAUCAUGAGAGUGAGGUCUAAAUUUCUCGAACCUCGUUGCACGAACUAACUCCUUUGAAGAAGGAACGAGCCGUAACCCUAAACCAAUUUUCAUCGCGUCUUGGAUGACGCGUUUUUAUCCGAUGUUAUGAAUGAAACAAACAGCUGAUGUUAUGAAAUAUUGAAAUUAAAACUUCAUCCCGUAGCGCUCGAUUUGUGUUGAGCGGAAUAAUCAAUAAAAUAUUUUCUAAAGAGGUUAAGAGGAUAAGUUGUUACUGCUGGCAUUGAAGAAUCGAAUUCAGAAGUUCAAUUCGAGCGUGAAAAACGACACUGGCGAGGAUGUUAAAACAAAUAUGCAGUGUUACAUAGGUGAUAUAUCUGGCUAUAGAUCUCUUGCUUGAAAAACCUGGCUACCAAAAAGACGUUCAAAAGAAAUUAUUGACGAAAAAAGCCUUGCUUGAAACCGCAAGAAAUGGCACCUGCUUUAAAACAGGGUUCGAAAGUCGUGCUUGGUUGACCUGUUAUGCAGAGCAUCGACCCUAAAACAAGGCGUCUGAAUUAAUUACGCAGCAAAAUCAACCGUGAUAUGGAUGACACCGAUAUAGUAUUCCUUUCUUUCUUUGGAUUCAUCUUUAUACUUGGCACCACUGGUAACAUCUGCAUACUGGCUGCUUUGUCUAAGAUGAGACAACAUAGAAGAUUAACCCAUUUAUUAAUGAUCAAUCAAGCCGUUUCAGACUUGUGCCUUGUUGCAAUUUCUUUGCCAUUACGCAUUGCUCGGAUGUGUGUUAAAAAAUCGCUCUUCAAAUCUUCAGUGAUAUCGUCAGAUUUGUACUGCAGAAUAACGGCAGGGACAAAUGUCGUAUUUCUUGGGGCGUCAUGCUUCGGUGUGCUACUGAUGACUUUGGAUAAGUUUUUAGCUGUUCGUUUUCCUUUGUCUUACCGCACGGGGAUAGAUAAGCGACACUUCAUUGCUCCAGUCCUCUUAACCUGGUUUAUUCCAGCAGUCAUCGGCUGCUGUGGCGUAUUUGUUACCGCUAUUCAAGAGAACAUGAACGAGCAUGGGCAUGAUAUUGCUUGUUUAUAUGGCUCCAUUUUCAAGGAAACAUAUGCUUUAUUUGUUUAUGUAUUAACUCUAAUCAUACCUCUUAUAAUGAUCUUUCCCAUGUAUAUAUACAUAUUGAAAAAGGUGAAAAGUUCAUGGAAGUUCGUCAUACCAAACAAUUCUGAAAACUGUUUUAAAGAUCAGCUACCUGGGAUAGCGAGCAGCAGAAGAGUAAAGGACGUGAAUACUUUUCGAAAGAAAGAAAUCAGACUAGCAAAAGGAAUUUUCUUAAUUCUUGGGAUCCAUUUAAUGUGCUUAGCACCGGUUGUCGUUCUCGACUUUUUCCACAUAAUCCUACACCGGUCUAUCAUGCACAUUGCAGUAGAAAUUUGCCUGGGAAUCCUUUACCUGAAUGCAGUGCUCGACCCACCUAUAUAUGCAAGACAUUCUACGGAGAUUAAGCAGACAAUGUUGAGAUUUUUACUGUACUGCAGAAGACAAAGGCAUGGAGCAAACCUCUUUACCAAAAGAAGACCACAGAGAAGAAAAGGUGUGACGCAGCCAACUUGGCCUAUAACUGACCAGCUGAAUCAGACCUAUGUGAAUAGCAUUCAUGAAUCUGGAAAUGCAACUGACAACAACAAGCAAACGACAAAAGAGUCUUUUCAGGUUUCAGCUCAAUCCAACUGAUCAUCAAGAAACAGAAACACUGCGUCGGAAAGUGAAAAUGAAAUUUCUUAGCUAACGCUUAUGAAAAGCCACUGGUAAAGCAGCAUCUAACAAACGCAGAUUGUUUGUCAGAACAACCCAACGUCAUCGACCUCAUUUGGGUGCUAUGCUCUACACCCGAGACCUCAGGGAUACGUAAUGUCUCGAAGCAUGGUACAAAAUGGUCCUGUCUUACAGUAACAUUAUUAGCAAUGGGUGUAUGCAACGUCUGAAAAAUGGUGGCUAGGUGAAAAUUUUUGUCCUUUUGAAAAUAUUUGAAUUUAAAAUCGUUCUGUUUGGUAUUAAAGUACAUAGAUAAAUAAAAGGUUUUUAUCAAGUAAACUGUGAAACAGUAAUUUUUUUAACCACUGCAUAAUCAUAAAAGUUUUAGCAUUUUGAAACAAAUUGCACUGUUAAUUCCUAAUAUAGUAUUCAAUCAGACAUUUUGUUUUCAAGUCUUCACUUUACAUACAGAUGUUUCACGUUUCCUGCGGUAACAACCGGUAUGGUCAGGGCAUAAGGUACACAGAGAUGUAAUCUCUUAAACCAAUAAGCACUAG